UUAAUGGACGCUUGCCCUGCCCAAACCCCUGGAGUAGUAUUGCCCCUGCUGAAUUCCGAUGAUUGCAACCCAAUUCAUUCACGCCAUCGGAUGAUCGGAUCUGACCACGACUGGCAAUUGCAAAUUCAAGGACUGCUUUUUCUUUCGAGACAGGUGCGCGCUUAACCACCUCGAAAACCGAUGCAACAGCGAGGAAAAUGGCAGACGGCGGCCCCCAGCAAACCAUGAAGCCAGUCCUCAUUGCGGGCGCCGGCGUCAGCGGGCUGCUUCUCGCCCAGUACCUGCGGAAGACGGGGGUUCCGUUCCAAAUUUUCGAGCGGGACGGUGAUUUGACGACGCGUGGUCUUGGCUGGGGGUUGACGCUGCACUGGUCGCUCCCGGCGCUGCAAUCACUCCUGCCCCAGGACCUGUUCCUGCGGCUUCCCGAGACGUACGUUGACAAGACUGCCGUGGAACAGGGGCAAAGCUCGCUGUUUCCCUUCUUUGACCUCAGCACGGGCGAGCUCAAGGCCUCGACGCCCCCGGCCAAGCAGUCGGAGCGCAUCAGAGUCGCCCGGGACCGGCUCAGACGUCUGCUGGCGACUGGGCUUGACAUUCAGUGGCGUAAGGCAGUCAGAAGCUUUGAUACUGCCGAAGAUGGAUCUGUUACAGUCCGGUUUGAUGACGGUUCUUCUGCGGAAGGGAGUCUGCUGGCGGCUUGUGACGGCGGCAGCUCCCGCAUCCGAACCGCCCUAUUCCCCGACAAACCAAAGUACCAAGUCCCCGUCCGCCUGAUAGGCAUCAAGGUUGAUUACACCCCGAAGGAGAUAGAACCUCUGCGGGCGUUAGACCCCUACUUCUUCCAGGGAGCAGCUUCCGAGAACGACUCGUUCCUCUACUUCAGCGUGCUCGACGCCCCUGGCAACACUAACAACGCGGGGUUGGAAGGCAGCAACAGCAGAUACACCUGCCAGAUUGUCGUAUCAUGGCCGGUCCGCGACGGCUUUUUCAACCAGGCGUCACCCAUCGCCUUUCCGGACACGAGCAAAGGCGGCAUCGAUCUGAUCAAGAAAUUCGCCGAGACCUGGGCCGAACCGUUCCGAUCAUUGGUGCACAGCAUUCCCGACGGCGCCGAGGCCAAGUUUCUCGAGCUGUCAGACUGGCCGCCACCAACGGAUUUGCGAAGUACAGGGCACGUUGCCCUGAUUGGUGAUGCGUUUCACCCUAUGGUAAUGUAUCGAGGCGAGGGCGCCAAUCACGCCAUUGUCGACGUUUUCGAUUUUGUGUCCCAUGUCCUGUUCCGACUGCUCUCCAGGGACUCCCCUGUUAAGGGUGAUCUACGGGCCGCGCUGGACCGAUACGAGGACCGGGUGGUAGCGCGAACCCGUCCAGCCGUCUUAGCAUCGCGCCAGGCGUGCAUCGAUGCCCACCAGUGGAGCAGAAUCAACGAGAAGAGCCCGCUCCUGAGCAGGCGGGCUAUGAACAUCGAGUUUGAUGAGAGUUCCAUGAGCUAAAGGAGGUAACCUUGCGAGAUGAAAAAGGGUUAGAGAAGCGAGAUAUGGGACGGAGGGAGAGCGCCCGGAGUGGGGAUUUGUCCUUGGCGCGGUCGAGGGAGACACCAAGGUGCUUUGUAAAUGUUAGACCACACUCAAUACCCAUCAUCCCUUCGUCAGUUCAGGAUGGGCGCCCAGCAUUGAGCACUGGUUGAUAGAUCGUUAACACAGUUAGAUCCGUCAGUCAUUCAAUGACGAUGCAUAAGUUACAAGCCAAAGACA